AUCUGAAGUAUAUUUAGAUUGUCGUGUAUAUUAGGAAACGGAGAGAAUGAACGCAUCCGUGAAAACUGUAUUCAUCUGCUUCAGCGUGACAGUGCUUUUGUGUCUUUUAAACGAAUGUAAAUCUACUGGAACCCAUACGGAAUGUGAGGCUAGAAAGCAAUUCGAAACAUGUUUGAACAAAACUAAAAGUGAUAUUCUCAAACCAGCUUCCCGUUCUCAAUGGGUUUUGUCCUCAAUGAGAUAUACUGUGGAUAUGAGUAACACUCAGUUUAUUAAAGAGUGCACACAAGACAAAAUUUGCACAGUGAAAACACUCUUGUGUUACCUCGGUGACCAACUGCAAGCUGGCCAGAAACAUUGUUACGAUGAGAAGCGAAUACAACAACUACAAUCUGCGUAUUAUUAUUUGGAAAGCAUAAGACACACACCAAUGGAGUUCGAUGCCGAGAAACUCAGGUAUUCGGCUUAACUCCAGGACCACCGAGUUAUCCAGCAUAUAUCUUCGAUUUCUCUUUGUAAAUUCCUCUCAUUCACUGACACUGCAUUCAAAACACGUUCUGGGAUUCUUUUCACAAACUUAUUGUCUUACCUGUAAUCAUAUUAAUCAAAUAAUUGGUUGGAUGAAGUGGAGAAGAUUCGCUUCUAAAUUUUAUGCACAACUCUAUUCUGAUGAUAUAAUCGAAUCACAAAUACUUAUUGCUCUAUAUAUUCUGACAUUUCUCCUGCUUAUUCUAACAUGCACUCAUUUUGUAACCCAUCAUUACACUGAAGUAUGUUUUCCACUUUCGUUUCUCUACACUGAAAUAUACUCAGAGUUGUGA